AUGGCCGCGUCAAUAGAGCAACAAACCCCGAAGGGGGCGCAAGGGCUCGACAUUCGUGUUGAAGACUACCUCGACGACAAGCUCCAAUCCACUACCGACUUAGAGAGCCUCGAAACCCUGCUGGCCAAUGUCGAAACCCAGCGCAGCCAGCUUCAGGCGCAGCUCGACAACGCUGUCAAGCAGCUCGAUGAAGCUCGCUUCACGUCCCGCGACCGCCAGACAUCCCUCGAGACACGCAUUCAAGACUUUCAGGAGCUUCAGCACAGCAUCGACAUCCGCGUCAAGGUCGCCGCCGCAUCGGAUGCACCCAACCAGGCGAUCGCCCGCCUGCAGGAGCCCAUGAAGAAGCUGCGCACCGUCGAGCUUGCGCAAAAAUACCUCGUCCUCCUGCAAGAGGUCGAUUCCCUUCGCAAGGAGGCUCGGUCGCAUCUGCCAGAAAGCCCAAAGGCGGCGCUCGAGCCGUAUGCGCAGCUCAAGCAGCUGUCGGUACGCCUGGCCGAGCUGUCUGGCAUCGCAGACGACGCGGCAGUGCACCUUGUCAAUUACGUCGAGACGGUCACCGAGACACUGUGGGACGAGAUGAAGAAGACCAUGUCGGCUGAGCUGGAUGCCAUCCUGACGCAGAGGUCCUGGCCGAUGGGCGUGGAUCCCAGUGCUGAGAUGGAUGACGAGUGGCUGCAGUGCUUUGAAAAGUUGAUCGACCUCCAGAUCCCCGAGGUCGUGUACAGCACGGAAACUGUGACGUUGCUGCCCUUUGACGUCAUGUGCAAGAUGUUCAUCUCCGAGUUCCGAUACCACUUUAUGAGUGACAAGCCGACAAGCAAGCCUGAGGCUCUGGGAACGCACUGCUUCCCGUGGUUCCUGGCGACGAUUGAGAAGUGGGAGGAUUUCUUCCGGGACAACCUGGGCCACAUGCUUGCCGCCAAGCUGAAGGACACACCGGCGGCAAACAACACAGUCUACAUCGACCCGGUGUGCGCCUUUGUCACGACAAUGCUACCUGUUCUUCGGGAAAAGGUUCACACUGUUGUGGCCGACGCUGUCAACGUGCCUACCUUCCUGAGCAGCCUGAUAGGCCAACUCAUGACGUUUGAUGACAACAUUCGCGCCAGGUUCAGCUAUGACGGAGGCAACUCGGAGGACGGAUGGGCUGGUUUGACCACCGAGGUCCUUGACAAGUAUUUCGAGCCCUGGUUCGUGGCAGAGAAGGAAUUUGCAUUGGAGCGAUUCCAGGCCAUCAUGGCUGCGCCAGAUGCCCGAAAUAUCGACUACGACUACACAGGCAGCGGAAAGACGAAACCGACCUACGGCGCGACCCGCGUCACUGAUCUGUUGCGAUCCAUUACCGCGCAGUACGAGCGGGCCAGGAACUUCAAGCACAAGAUGCGCUUCCUCAUCGGCAUACAGCUCGACAUCCUCGACGACUUUCACGAUCGGCUCAGGGGGUCUCUUGAAGCCUAUCAAUCCAUCACAUCCACCGUGGGCAGGACGCUGCAUGGCGUGACCAAGGAGCAGCUGGCGGCGCUGGAGGGAACGGGAGCUCUCGAGACCUUGUGCAAGGUGUACGGCAGCUCCGACCAUGUUGUCAACACGCUGAAGGACUGGAGCAACGAGGACUUUUUCGUCACGUUGUGGGACGAACUCCAGACGCGGGCGAAACCCGGCAACGAGUCUCCUGAGAUUGCUGGCGAGAUGAGCUAUGAGGAGGUCAAGGACCGAACCUCAACUGCCGUCGGAUCGGACAACGGAGACGGCAUCUUGUUCGAUGAAACGAUAGCCGCCUAUGCGUUGAGGAGAAAGGCAGCGCAGGACUUCCUCGUCGGGGCGUUGUCCAAGUCUCACAAUGAUGCCCUCAAAGCAUACUCGACGAAGGUGCAAUGGACGACAAUCAGCGAUAGUGGCGCCGAGGUGGAUCCCUUCCAGCUUGCCAUCACAGCCGAGCUCGACGAACCCCUUCGUAUUCUUCGUCAAAACCUCGACUUCCUCGUCAAAGCUCUCAGCACAGCCGCGUUCCGACGCACUUGGCGCGCAGCCCUCGAUAAACUGCAGGACUUCCUCUGGGGUGAGGUGCUCAUGCGGCAGACGUUCACAGCGCUCGGCGCGGCGCAGUUCCUGCGGGACCUCAACGCCAUCCUGUCGCUCGUCGACCGGUACAUCCCGAACGGCGUGGGCCCGCUGGGCAGCCUGCACGACGCGCUGCGACUGCUCAACCUGCCGGUCGAGGCGCAGUCUGCCGGCGGCGUGUCGCUCAAGGUGGCGACUGACCGCAUCUUCACAGACAAUACCGAGGCGAAGAAGAUGCUGGAGGCGCUCGAGAUUGACUCGCUGACGCCUGCGAACGCGAGACACAUCUUGCAGCGGCGGCUGGAGACAAACGAGUAA